AUGGGUACAGAACACUAUAUGAACCCAGGUUAUACGGUUAAGAGCACUGAGACUCAGGCAACGGUAGAUCCAACAUUCCGGAAACUAGCUAAAGGCCAUGUCAGGCUGACAAUUUUUCCGAUUAUUGAACAAAUGACGUGCCUAAUGAAGAAUCAUCGUCGCGCUCAUGAACGUAGCCAGAAUGAUGCGGAUUUCAAACAGAGUUUACUUAACCACUGCAUUGUACAGUUAUUGGAGGAUAGCUUGGGGGCGCGUACAUACGAGCGCACGUUGCAGAUGCAUACUAAUUGGCACCUCAUGGAAACAAAUGCGUUGUCACAACUGUUGAGUCCGGAUAUACAAGAGGCCCAGAUCCGUACGACGGCUCGACUCACGAACCGACGACCGCACGGGGGCGAAUGGUCACGUUCUGAACACACGAACAGCCGACCUAUUCCACAGACUGCCCAGCGGCAACAACAGAAUUGGCAACAUAUAUCGCAAGUACCAUCGCAAGUCACAUCAUCCUCAAUCAGACGCAACGGGCAAUCGGGUGCGCCCAAUAGAUCAGACGAGAGCAGGUUCAUCGUGGAGGAGGCGGACUAUAGUCAUCAGGAAGAACACAGACGGCAACAGAUAGAUCAUCCAGCAUGGCGUUGGGGGGCCCGCAGAUUAGUAUGGUGUCAGAAGAGGGAAGGGUGA